UGUCAACAAAAAAUAUUUUUUAUAAUUGUCUUGUUUAUUAAAUUUGUAUGUUAAAGACAUUAAAAUUCUUAGGAAAUUGUUAUUACAACAAGAAAUAUGUUAACAAUUCAAUACUUUUGAAAUUGGUGACUUAUAGCUCUUCAGCAAAUAUUGGCUUAAAAAAUGAUCUACCUAAAAAAUCGGGCACUAUGAAAGAAGUUAAUCUCAAAAUAAUGCAAAGAUUGGGCUUAGAAACCGGCUACAUUAGAGAGGCUGAAAAUCGCGAGCAUCUUUUAAAAUAUACCCCCCUACAACAGGAACUACCAGUUCGCUCUAUGAAGGAUUCCUAUAUGGAGGCAUAUAUACCUUUAAGUAUUUGUGCCGAUAUGCAGGUGAAUUAUGUCAGUCCUGUGGGAACAGUGCGCUUGGGUCGGCUUAUGGAACAAUUGGAUAUGUUUGCAGUGUGGAUAUGUCAACAACAUGUGCUACUACCCAAAUUACCGGCCAACGAAUAUUUGCCCUAUACAUUUGUUACCGUCUUGGUGGAUAAAAUGAUGUUUUCAAAGUUACUGCCAUUAUACAAUCAAGAUAUACGUUUAACUGGUCAUGUGUCAUGGGUGGGUAGGACAUCAUUGGAGAUAAGUGUUUGGUUGGAGCAAAAACAUCAAGACAACUUUCGCCAAAUAACGCAGGCGGUAUUUCUAAUGGCUGCUCGCAAUGCCACAAAUACCCAAGCGGCUCCCAUCAAUCCUUUAGAGCCAAGCAAUGAACAAGAAAGAGAAAUUUUCAAUUUGGGUGAAGAAAGACGUAAAAUUCGCAAACGUUUACAUGAAACAUCGAUAUUUAAAAUAAAACCCUCGGAAGAGGAACAUUCCCUAAUGUACGAUCUAUUUCAGAAGACUACCAAUAACACGCAUCUACAAUUGAAUAAUCGUUUUUUGCCCAGCAAAUGUCGUUGGAUGAAUGAUUCGUUUAUUGUUAAUACUUUCCUGUCCUUUCCCGAAAAUCGUAAUGCUCAAAAUACCGUAUUUGGUGGCUUUCUAAUGCGACAAUCCUAUGAAAUUAGCUGGAUGAGAGCCUAUCUGUAUUGUGGCCAACGGCCGACAUGUGAACGUUGCUGUGACAUAAGUUUCGAAAAGCCCGUGCAAAUGGGUUCCAUUAUUAAAAUGAUUGCCUAUGUUGUGUAUACAGAAGAUAGAUUUAUGCAAAUUAUGACUGUGGCAGAGCUUUUAGAUGCUAGUGGUGAAGGGGCCCAUACCACGAAUACAUUUUACUAUACAUUUUCGUGCGGGCAUAAAGUUACGGUGGUCUUGCCGAAAUCCUAUCAUGAAACUAUGUGGUAUAUACAUGGCAGGCGAAAAUUUUAUUAUGCAAUGGAUAAAGUUAAAUAAAAAUUUAAAAUUUCUGGUUUUAAUUCAA